AUGUUAAGGUGGUUUGGGAUAGCUAUCAAAGUACACAAACCAAAUGAAUAUACGGAAGAUGAUUGGAAUUACAUCUUAGAUCGUCACUUUCUCCGAGACGAUUUCCGGGUAAGAAGUGAACGGAAUUCCCAAAAUCGGAAGAAUCUUCAAAUAACACAUCAUUUGGGGAGUUAUUUAAGUACGGGUAUUGCGCCAUCACACAUUGAACUUUUUUACGAGACACAGAGUAAAAAAGGAAUAGGUGACGACCCUACUCAUGUGGUGGAUCCUCAUAUACAAGAGAAAAUUGAUGUGAUGCGUCAGACACUCGAAAGAAAUCCUAAAAUGUCUGAUUAUGAGCUGACCGAGAAUGUUUUUGGAUGACAAGGGCACGAGAGAGUCAUUGGAAUGGGAACCGGUGUGAGGCCCACCCAGUUUAGAGGAGAUUUGCAUGGUGGAAGCAAAUCUCAGCGGAGUGAGCAAGAGGUUGAGAAGUUGCGUACCAAAUUACAAGAUAAGGCUUUGAAAAGAGAACAACUGUAGACUUUAGUUCUUGAAUCACAAAGAGAAGCACGUGAAGCUAAAAGAGAAGCACAAGAGGCACAAAUAGAAGCACAAGAGUAACAAAGACAAAUACAAAUUGAAAUUGAAAAACAAGCUCUUGAGUCACAAAGACAAAGGGAAGAAUUUCAGAACCAGUUGGCGGCGUUUAUGACGAGAUAUCCUCCAUUUCCACCACCGGAU